GCGUGAAUUAGCAUUUAUUAAAAUUUUAUCGACCUACGGACUUAACGGAAAGCUUGGCGCGACCCAAAUUUCGUUUGACGCGCGACGUUAAGCGAAAAUCCACGCGGAGGAAAGGAGAUGCGCGAAAAUAAAGCAGGCCGCGCUCCGAUAUCCGUCUCGAGCGGUCGGCAGCGCGUCCUCUCGGCCCGGAAUCCGCCUGAAAAUUUUACGGACAAUCGUUAAUCUUGGAAGACUCUUCCCCCGUCACUCGCUCCCUCGGAAUAUAUGCACGAUGACGUAUACGCGAAUGCGCGCGUGACCGGUGAAAUUAUUAUCCGGCGUAUCCCGACGAGGAAUGUCGCUCGAAAAUUUUCCAAACGCCCGCAUGUUUCUCACCCUCGGCCCACUAAAUUUUUCACGCUUGCAUACCAACAUUAUGCCCGGGGCGGACAUUCUUCGCGGUCGAAUGCGCCCUCCCGUUCGCGCUUCCGUGAGGAACGAUCGUAGGCUUUACGACGACAUUGCAGCGGAAUAAUCGUAUAACAAACAAUAUUUCUUUUAUUCGGUAUCAAGCCCGUGUCGGGCCGCGGAUUGAGAUUGAGAUCGGGUGGAAAUUUCACCAAUUAGAGUAAAAGUCGCUAAACUUUGGAUUAGUAAACUUUGCUCCGAUUGGCCAAAUUUCAAUCUAAUCUCAAUCUCAAUCCGUGGCCCGAUACGGGCUUUACAAGUCGCCUGUCGAGCUUAUCGCUCCUAUUUUAUCAAUCGCGCAAUCAAUUCCCCUGCGAAGUAGAGAAUUGGGAGUCGCGAAAAACAUGGGGGAAUUAUCUGUGCGUAAAGCGAUCGUGGUUGUAUAUUUGUAUAAUAUAUGUGAUAUAUAAUAUACAUUAAAAUCGGUUUUAAACUAAUUUAUAAAUUCAUGAGUAAACGCGAUAAUAAUCGCGUGAGCUCCGACUAAAUUGAAGCAUUAAAACGUAAAAUGUUGCGAUUAUUAAUUCCGCUAUCAAUUCCAGGAUUAGAUCGCGCGAAAUUGUUAUUUUUUCCCCCUUCCUUCUUUUUUAAUAAUGUCCCGCCAUCUCGUCUUGACGCGUCUCGCUUCGCCAUCGCGGCAGUUCGGAGCGAAGCGAUAUCGCUCCGCGCGUUAUUUCUACUUUUCGCGCGACAGGAAUAAAUCGUGCGGAUAAAUGAAUAUCGGGAGUGUCGCUGGAGCAAAGUGCGCUCCGUCGACCGUUCUAUUUAUCAGACUAGCGCGGGCGGAAGUGCUACGUUUUCUCACUCGGACGAGGAUCGGCGCGAAAUGAUCGCGUUACACGGCAAGCUGCGCGAAGACGCGCGGGAACGUCCGCCUCGCACGACCGAUACGCGCCGACUGACUCGUUGCUAUACACUUUUCGAAUCGCGGCGUUACGCUUUUUUUGUCGACGCUCGGCUUUCGACCGAGUUGUUUACGCAUUCCAGCGCUACUAAUUUCCUGGAAUCCGUGCUCGGUCUACGUCACUCGGCGAAGAAACAGAUCGCGCCGCAAAGUCAUUUACUCGGCGACGGUCGAUCGAGUCGGUUAGCGGCCCGUGCCGCUCCGCAUAUAGUAUUAUUUAUUUUCGAUACGCGUCCGCGGCGGAGUACGGCAAGAAGCCGCGAUCGCUGUCUGCGAAUAAUCGGCGAUCGAUACCAUCGCGUGAUCGCUGAAUCUCCUCGGAAAAGCAAUCGACGGGGCAACGACAAUGGAAAUCUGAUCGCAAUAUUCUCACGAUUACAGAAUCGAGAGCAGCGCAACAAAAGGACAGUUGUGACGAGAUCAGAGACGCCGGGAGUGUCAAGACGCGACAGCGAUCAUUCAUCGACGCAUCAAGUCAAUUCGGCCAGUUAAUUCCGGGCGACGACAAGUGCAGCGCGAACUACGCCGCAGUACGUACGGUGUGAAAGUUGCUGCGCGUCUCUUCGGGCGACGCGUCGUUCCUGCCAUCUUGGCUCGGUUGGAGCGGAGUGACACCGCGGUCCGUGCCGGUUAAAUUUCUUUACUCGACGACGGUCAGUUUCGGUGAGUUUGGUGCGCGAACGAACGUCGGGAUCGUCGGACCGAGUGCCGGGCGUCAAGUAGUGCGUGCAAUUGACGUUGAUGGGUGAUUCUCGCGGUCGUGUCCGAACACCGGUGGCCGCUCGUCGCCGCGAGUGUUCUUCAUCGUGCUAUCCGCUAAGGUAGACUCGGAACUACAGCGCGUCGCGACAACGCGAGUGUUCGUUGAAAACCAAUCGCGCGUUCCGGAAAGUGUCGGAUGAAAGUGUCGGACGAAGCUCGCGGCGAACUUGGAAUUUCCGGCGAGUCCGCGUCUCCGCGCGACGACGGGAAGGAAGGAAGGAAGGAAGGAAGGAAGGAAGGACGGACGGAAGGACGGACUGCAUUUCGACGAUAUGGAGACGGCGUCCACGAUAUUGCUUUGGCGGAAGAAGACAUCAAUCGCUCGUUCUAACGCACGGAAGGCGCGUAUUAUGUGAGGAGGAAACCGCGACGAGGGAAACGAAGAUGUCCGCCGUCAGCGUCGUCGCAUGGUUGCUCGGCGCCGUCGCUUUGGCUGCGAUUAAUAAUGAAGUGCACUGCCACAACAUGCCAUACGGCGGCAGCAGCAAGAGCAGCGACACAUACAACCAAAAUGCUCUGGAAGAGACCACACGAUUGGGGCCGUAUUUCGACAAAUCGGCCUCGAAGAACGUGACCGCCCUGCUGGGAAAGACCACGUACCUCAACUGCCGUGUCAAAAAUUUGGGGAACAAAACGAUGACGCUACAAGUAUCGUGGGUACGGCACAGAGACGUCCAUUUGCUCACAAUUGGCCGUUACACGUAUACGAACGACCAACGAUUUCGAGCGAUCCACAACACUCAUUCGGACGACUGGACGCUCCAAAUAAAGUAUCCGCAGCAUCGGGACAGCGGUAUUUACGAGUGCCAGGUCUCCACAACGCCCCACAUGAGUCAUCUAGUCCAUUUAAAUGUAAUCGAGCCAAAAACCGAGAUUCUGGGCGCGCCAGAGUUGUUCAUCAAUCGAGGUAGCACCAUCAAUCUCACGUGCGUCGUCCUGCAGAGUCCAGAGCCACCCGCCUACAUUUUCUGGAAUCACAACGAUGCGAUAAUCAGCUACGACUCGAGCAGAGGCGGCGUCUCCGUGGUCACGGAAAAGGGUGACAGCACGACGAGUUUCCUCCUGGUGCAAGAAGCGAAACCGUCGGACUCGGGACGGUACACUUGUAACCCCAGUAAUGCUCAACCGAAAUCGAUCACCGUGCACGUACUCAACGGAGAGUAUCCCGCGGCAAUGCAGCACGGCGGUCAGGCCAAGCAACCAAGGCUGUACUCCCUUCUGCUCUGCCUGUGUCUGCUACUUUACUAAUUGCUCCAUUCCAUCGCGCAUUCUCGAAGGGAGAAAUCGGAAGGCACUUUCGAGCGAAGAAAAAGAGAGAGAGAGAAAAUGAAUGAAUGAAUGAAUGAGAGUGUGUAAGAAAGAGAGAGAGAGAGAGAGAAGAACCCAGAGAGAAAGAGAGAGGUAUUUCCGUCGCGAGUUGCGCGAACAUUGCUCAGGUGUCAUGGAAGCUGCGGCGAGAUACGUGCGACGAUGUGCAUCCGACGGGGACGCUUUUGACUGUGCACCGGAACGAUGAACUCUUUCGCAACGACGCGCCGUUUGUCGAUGCAACCGAGCGACGAGGACGUGUCAGGAAGGUCAGCGCGACGGCCGCAGGACGGUGCUUUUAGCGGUGUGACCGCGCGCGCGAUUCGCGAUUCGGUACUGCGGAUAUACGAUAUAACAGACAUAAAAGGAACACACGACGAAAUUUCGUAACGUAAUAACCGUCGAUCAACGAUCGGUUUCGUCAACGGCAUCGUUCGUUCGUGAAUAAAGUCGCAAACUUGACGCUGUCGAUCGAGGACACACGAGCGAGUGCGCGAUUGUAGGGCGAGGCGUAACUCCGCGUGUUGAUGAGACUGAACAAAGCGCGAUUGAAAUGACGAUAUUCAAGAUGUCGCCGAAAUCACGUGUCUUCGCAUCGUUUCAUGAGCUUUAUUUAAACGUUCCGACGAUCGGUUCUUAAUUGAAAGUUCUCCUCGAACUCUUGGAAGCAUCGGAACGUAACUCAUUCGCUUUAACUCAUUUAUAUUUCGCCCGAGAUGCUCGAAUUCCGAUCAUUCGCAACUUAGAGAAAGAGACCCUCGAAACAAUCGACCCUCUUUUCGGUACGACUGCAAAUACUUCCGGCUUGAGAGGAAAACGUGAGUCUUCUGGGACAUCUUGUACACAAGACAAGGCAGCGAGAGGUGGAAAGGGCGAACGUGUAGCGUGUUGAGAGGCGAGGAGCGGUUGAGUUGAGGCGAACAGCGGAGGAGAGGGUGAACGUCGCCAGUGCUCGUCUUUCUCUCCGCGAUUAAUUCGAAUAGAGUCAAAGCGUCUGCCGACUCGUGGACUUUCAGCUGGCAAGGCUGACGGCGAGUGCAUCGAGGACGACAGAACGAAUCGUUGCCAUGCAACCGCGGCUUUGACCGUGUAUACACUUCGGAAUCCACGCCUGUGUGACCAUCGGUCACCACACCGGUGUACAUCUCUGUGUGCACCGCGAUACACCGAUUCUUCCCGGGCGGCGUGCACAAGGAACCUUUUGUCGAUCCUCCAGUCUCGUGUUCCAAUAUUGACGCCGCAUUUCCGGCCAUUGGCGAGGAGCGAAAUCUCGAAUUUCUACGCCGAGAUCGGAAGGUAUUGCGGAGGCGAUUACCGCGUAAUCGGAUCGCUCAUCUCGGCUCUUUUCUUAUCGCUUUUCUUUCCUUCCGCGCGGCAUCUCGAAAUCAAUUAGCGGGCGAUAAAAGCCUGUACCGCACGCGAUUAUCGAUCGCGAUGGCGGAUUUUCUUGGAUUUAUCUCGACUAAACGCGAUCGCGCAACUUCACAAUCGGGGGAACGUCGUUCGGAGCUAAAGCGGCGCAAUUAGCUUACGCGAAAUAGAAAUUGCGCGUUAUGAGAUUCCACGGUAAUUACGCUUCUGUUACCUCAAAAGAUGCGCAGACAAAGCGGCAUUCGCCGUGUACAAUGAUAUUUGCAUUAAAUUCAAUCGCGUUAUUUGACGCGUUUCAAAAAUUCUUUUUUCAGGAAGAAACAUUCGCGCGAUAAACAGCCAGAUCUUUCGAGAAAUAUUAAUAUCGAUAGAGCAACAAUCGGCGGCGAUAGUUUUCGAGCAACGUGCAAGUGAAAUUCGUCAUCCGCUCACAAGAUUUCGAUCGUGUCAUAAAGCAAAUUCAUUUUCGCAAAUGCAUUUCUUUCCGCCGGAAUUAAUAGAAAUAAAACAGUAUGCGCGGAGCGCGUCGGAUGAAAAUAUUUUACAGCACGGGAUUAAAAUGAAAUCCUCUUAAUUAAUUCAAAUAUGCAGAAUCUUUCCUUCUCCAUGUAUGUAUUUGCAUUGUUUACGCAAUCCCAUAAGUACGGGCCCGUCCGUGUUGAUAAAAAAAGAAUAAAAAGAAUCGCGAGAUA